AAAAAACCGGGACUAAACCGGCAGAAAUCCCGACGAAGCGUUGCCCGCCACACCGUGAGGUCUGUCCGCUGUCUCCCGCUGCCGGCUGCGGCUUUUCUCCCACAAAUCUCCCUGCAUCUGCACAAUGGAUCAGUUGUCAGAUGAGGAGGUGGAGGUCAGGGAGGAAGAGGAGGAGGAAGAGGAAGACAGUGAUAAGGAUGACCAGGACUUGGAUAAGAUGUUUGGAGCCUGGCUGGGAGAGCUGGACAAACUCACACAGAGCCUAGACGAUGGACGCCCGGAGCGCCCUCCUCAACAGAAAGCUCCCCUCAGACAGGAGACAAACAUGGCCAAUUUCUCCUACAGAUUCUCCAUCUACAACAUCAAUGAGGCGUUGAAUCAGGGGGAGAACGUGGAUCUUGACGCUCUCAUGGCUGAUCUCUGCUCUAUCGAACAGGAACUCAGCACCGUCAACGCCAAGCCUAACAGCGCUGGUGGCAUGGCCCGUCUGGGGCUGACUGAUACCAAGGUCCGUCAGAAGCCUCCAGCAGGGCGCAGCAGCAGGCAGCAGCCAGCAGGAGGCAGCUGCAGUAACAGUGUUAGUGGUGGGGGUGGUAGCAGCGGGGCGAGCAGUAGCAGCAGCAGCACCAGAGCCUCACCUGCUGGCACCAUCAGAGCUGCCGCUGGGCAUCAUGGGAGGCCGGCACUGGCUUCUAACUUCAGCCUGGAUGAUAUCACUGCCCAGCUUGAGAAGGCAUCUCUUAGUAUGGAUGAAGCUGCUCGUCAGACCUCCUCCCACUCUCUCAGCUCUGCCUCCACCUAUACGUCAGCCACAAUGCGACACCCCGGCUCCAGCCAGCGCCAGCAUCGACGCACCGGAUCAGUCGGCACAGUCAGCGAACAUGAAGCGCGUUCAAUAGUCCACUCCUCGCGCUCCUCCGUCACCUCGGCAUCUGGGGUUUCUGUUAACUCUGCCUCCUCCAUGGAUUCACUGGACAGCGUUCUCCGCUCCAAUGAAUCAGACGGCCAGCAGGGUUUAGUUACACUCCCAGUCGAAGGAGCCAGUCACGGUCGAGAUAACACAGAGCAUUCCUAUCUGGACAGGGAAACCUCUCUGAUUCUGAGAAACAUAGCAGGAAAACCUUCCCACCUGCUGACAAAGGAGGAGCAGGCUGCCAAGCUGAAGGCAGAUAAUAUCAGAGUUGCCUUGGAGAAGAUCAAAGAGGCCCAGGUGAAGAAGUUGGUGAUUCGUGUACAUUUGUCAGACGAAAGCUCAAAGACCAUGAUGGUGGACGAGAGGCAGACUGUUCGACAGGUUCUGGACAGUUUGCUGGAUAAAUCUCACUGUGGUUUCAGUCCAGACUGGUCGCUGGUGGAAACCAUCAAUGAACUACAGAUGGAACGGAUCUUUGAGGAUCAUGAGAACCUGGUGGAGAAUCUGCUGAACUGGACCAGAGACAGCCAGAACCGCCUGAUGUUCACAGAACGUAUUGAGAAGUAUGCUCUGUUCAAAAACCCCCAGAACUAUUUGCUGGGGCGGAAGGAGACAUGUGAGAUGGCUGAGAGAAACAAAGAGGCUCUCUUAGAGGAGUGUUUCGGCGGCAGUUCCGUGUCCGUCCCAGAGAUGGAGGGAGUGCUGUGGCUGAAAGAGGAUGGGAAGAAGUCAUGGAAGAAACGCUACUUCCUUCUAAGAGCCUCUGGCAUCUACUACGUCCCCAAAGGCAAAGCCAAGGCAUCCAGAGACCUGGUGUGUUUUCUCCAGUUGGAUCAUGUUAACGUCUAUCAUGGCCAGGACUACAAGAGCAAGUACAAGGCUCCUACUGACUACUGCAUGGUGCUGAAGCACCCUCAGAUCCAGAAGAAGUCUCAGUACAUCAAGUACCUAUGCUGCGAUGAUGUCAGAACCCUCCAACAAUGGAUCAACAGUAUUCGCAUCGCCAAGUAUGGAAAGCAGCUGUACAUCAACUUCCAGGAGGCAAUGAGGAGGACAGAGGCGGCCUAUGACUGGUCCUCCCUCUCCUCCUCUUCAAUCAAGUCAGGAUCCAGCUCCUCCAGCCUUCCAGAAUCCCAGUCUAACCACUCCAGCCAGUCUGACAGUGGUGUGUCAGAGAUGGCGUCAUCAGGCCACACCCGGUCCCAGAGUGUCGUCAGCUCUAUCUUCUCUGAUGCCUGGAGGAGAGGAACACAAGGAGAGAUUAUGAGGAUUGACCCUAUUAGUAGACCUAUCCCUGUCCAGAUCCCUAGCCUCUCCUCCCAGGCCCUGACUCCACCCUCCCGGACCAGCUACACCGACGGCCUCAUCCCAACCGAGGAUUCUUCCCCGUCGCCGCCCUCGCCUCCUCCGCCUCCGCCUCUGCAGGCCAUGUCAAGUUUGACUCAUCAGCCUGCGCCUCCCUCCUCCUACGUCAAGUACAGCACACUGGCUCGCCUGCAAGGUCAGAGCCAAUCCUGGACGCAGCCGGCCGGAGCCGCCCCACCUACCCUACCCAUCCAAACACCUAAACCCAACUACAAUACCCUCCCAGCUGCUUACAGCUCCUCUCCUCCACUACCACCUUCUCCUCCCCCUCCUCCUCCACCCUCAGCGCCGGCUCCUGGCUCAGCAAUGGCCGUGCUGAAAUUUGGUCCAUCCAGCCCAUCCGCUCUGCCACCGCCACCCCCGUUGGAAGAGGAGAUGCAGGAUUCUUUUUACCUCCCACCUCCACCACCGGAGAGCCUGGAAGCCAACGGUUUGCCUCCUCCUCCCCCUUUAGAGCUCUCCAGCACUCAACUCACCAACACUGGCCUCCAACAAUUCCUGUCACAGAAAUUUCCCAACAUGGUGUACGACUUCAGCCCGAACAUGCUCGACGAUAAUUCUCCCCCUCCGCCUCCGCCUCCAGAGCUUUCUCCUCCAGCAUCACUGCAAGAUCUACGGCCGCUGUCUCCAAACGCGCCUCCUCCCGCACCUCCGAAAACCUUCACGGGUGGUUUCCCUCCCCAAACUGCUCCCAAACCUUCAGGUCCAUCUUCCCUCCCGAUCGCCCUCUCACCAGUGUCCCCGACGCCGCCCCACAGCACCCACGGGCCGGUAAAAAAGCAGCAAAGUUUCUCUACGGGACACUCCCCAAAUCAGCCACCUCCAACUCUGCCAAAGCAGCACAGCCUCUCCUCCAAAAACCUUGCCCUCUCUCCUCCCUCCUCCUCUACUUCCGUCUCUAUCGCGGCCGCUACCUCCUCAUUGGUCAAACAGAUUGUCAAUCAAUUCCCAGGAAACUCUGCUCCUUCUUCUCUGCCUUCCUCCAACUCCAUGGAAGGAUCCAAGUUCUCCGCUCCUCAGUCUCCUCCUGCGGUCAAGGCCAAACCAAAGUGGCAGCCAGGGGGCGUUGCGGCUCCGCAGUCCCCAGAGUUUCCCCCACCCCCUCCUGACAGCUCCCUAGGAGAUUUCCCCCCUCCUCCCUCCACAUCCUCUUCCAAAACGGGCUCCCCCAUAAAGAAGUCGCCUUCCACCUCAUCCACAGGCUCCAUAAAGCGGGGGCCUCCGCCGACCCCACAGAGAGCUUCCUCCAUUCGGUCCAGCUCAUCAGGCGAGGUCCAGGAUGAGAGGCCAAAGAAAGUGGAGAGCCUGGUCAACAAAUUUGGCCAAGCACCUCCAACUGGUACUUCGUCCAGCUCCUCGUCAGCGACCGGGUCUCCUUCAAAAGAUUCCUCCACCCUCCCCGCUCCACUGCCCAAGCCGGGGAAGCUGAAUUUGGCGAACCUCCCGCUGGCACUCCAAGGGCUGCAAACAGGCCAGCACCAUCAACCCUCCGACUUCCCGUCCCCUCCUCCCCCGCCUCCCCCCGCCCAGCCUCCUCACCUCGACUCGUCCCCUGAUUACUUCCCGCCUCCCCCGAGUGACUUUGAGCUUUUCCCUCCUCCCCCCCACCCCUCAGAGUUCCAUCAUCCCCCAAAGGUCGCUGUGGUGAACCCCCAGCCCCAGAUGCAGCCACCUCAACAGUCCGUGACCUCUUCCUUGUCGUCAUCGUCAUGGAAACAAGGCUCGCUGAAAAAGGGGGCAGUCCCUCCUCCGACACUGAAUCGGCGGACCAGCAACACGGCCCAGUAUGACAAUACAACUUUAAUGCCCCUCUCACCACCUCCUAUGUCUCAAACCCCACCUCCCUCCCUGUCCUCCUACACCUCCUCCUCCUCCUCAUCCCCAAUCCCCCCCACAUCCCCAAAAUCACCAGGACCGACAGCCCUGGCACUGAAGCCUCACUUCCUGGAAGACCUUAACCGCACUCUUAAGAGGAAGUCAGUGUCUCGCCAUGGCUCGCUCACUUCUUCAAACCUCAUCCCCUCCUCUAAGAUGGAGCCAGUGGCCACUAUGGACGACAUGGCGCUCCUCCCGCCUCCUCCCCCCGAGCUCAUGCAGCAGCAUCAACAGGGUGUCCGAGGACACUCUCACACUUUGUCUCGCCACCACACGCACUCCCACUCCACCAAACAUGCCAACAUCUCAGGCUAUGCAACGCUGCGGCGAGGCCCACCUCCCGCUCCUCCAAAACGGGACCAAAGCACCAAACUGACCAGUGACUGGUAAAGGGGCAAAGACCCUGGAUGGAGCCCUAAAGAACUAUUCUGACUAAUGAGGUCUCAUUGUUCCUGCAGAGAAGAAAUAAUCAAUGUUUGUCUUGACUUGUCCGUCUCUCCUCCUCAUCCUGAACCAUACACCCUUGGAUAUCGAGAAAGUAGCAAGACGUCUUUCCUACUCUUAAUCUCAGAUUAUGAUUGUUCCUAUUAUCCUCAUUAUUACUAUCAUUACCAAUACAUGUUUAAUCUAAUGACAUGAGUAAAAAUAUAUAUAUGUAUAUAUAUAUAUCUGUAUACAAGCAAGCCAGAAAAAUCACCUAUCAA